AUGGUGCGUUCCAAAGUGUUGGGAGGAGGGAAGUUUCCCACAUCCAAUGAGGUCAAAUGCAUUGGAGGGAAUGAGCCGGAGCCCGCCGCCAACUACAACAAUGGCGGCGUACAGGGCGCCAGUCCGAACCGCCGCCCCCCCCCCCCAAUGUGGACUUCGGGUUCCACACGGAUGAGGGGGGCUGUGCUGGACUCCGGCUGGGACAUGGUGGCCCUCCCACUCCUCUGGAACGCUCCGUGGGUCCUGUAUGGUUGUUGUGGGGACAGUCAUGUGACUGAGCGGCUCUUCUUCACAGAACGGUGUGGACCAGCAGACCAAAGGAUGAAGGACUCAUGUUACUACGGGGUGAGGAGGGGCUUCCACCCAGGCGUCUACAGGAGCUGGGUUGAUUGUAAAGCUCAGGUCCAUAGGUUUCCUUCAGCGUGUUUUAAGAAAUUUGCAUCGGAGGCAGAUGCCUGGGUGUUCGUUGAAGGUGUGGAAGCGUCUGCAGCUGCAUCCUCAAAAAACGUCCCAGACAUGUCCACCUUUCCAAACAGACGUCCGAAGCCUCAGGAGUACAUCCCUUUUGGUCAGAAGAGACGCUGCUCAGACAUGGAGGUGGAGACUCAGGGCAAGCGCCACAAAUGGGCGGAGCCGACCUCUCCACAGAACGCAGACAGCUUCACCUACAUGGGUGAUGCUGUGGUCGUUUACGCUGAUGGCUCCUGCUGGGCUGAUGGGAGGAGCUAUGCACGAGCCGGCAUCGGCGUUUACUGGGGCCGUAACCACCCACUAAAUGUUGCCGAGCGACUGGAAGGAGAACAAACCAGCCAGAGAGCAGAGAUCCAGGCAGUGUGCAGGGCUCUGGAACUGGCCCAGGAGAACCACAUCCAGAAGCUGGCCCUGUACACCGACAGCAAGUUCACAAUCGAUGGUGUGACUAAAUGGGUGAAGCACUGGAAGGUGAACGGGUGGAGGCUGGUAUCUGGAGGAGCCAUCACCAACAAAGACGACUUCAUGAAGCUGGACAGACUGACCACUCGGCUGGAUGUGGUCUGGGUGGACGUCCGUAGCCACGCUGGUCACCGUGGGAACGAAGAGGCGGACAGGUUGGCCAGAGAAGGAGCAGCAAAGCCUAUACACAUUCGAUGGGUGGUUUGA